CGUGGCCACGGAUUUUCCUCAUACGCACGCAAACAGAUACAAAUACUAGUUUCAAGAAUCAUUUGCCUCACUCGGGUAAUUCCAGAGUGGAGCCGGAUCAGUACGCGACGAAUGCCGGAGGAGAGAUCUAUCCCGUGAUCUUCGGCUUUUAUUAUGAAAAACACGGUACCAGCGGUCAUUUUAAUACUCACGUACAGUAAGUAAACUUCUCCUUACCAUUGUUAUUCACAAUUUAUUUAAUUAAAUUCGAACGACGGAACUUUGAAAAUUAGAAGGCAAUUUUUUUUAUAAGUGACGUUAAUAGAUUCUUAACAAGUUUUAACUAGUUCGAAAUAAUCGUUAUUAAACGCUGAAGUAAACUGAGUUCUUCUAUAUUUAUUCCCUUGUUCCUGUUACAUUUUUACGUGCGAUGAACGAAACAAGAGAAGUUAAGUGCUGGUAGCCAUCAGUUUCAGAAACCAGUUUAGUAGUGACCUUGAACUUUGGAGGUCUUCGUGUGCCCUAAUCAAGAGGUCACAAAUCUAUUUACGAUACAUUCAAGAAAUACUAAGAAAUAUAAAACGCUGCAAAGUGCAACUGUAAUAGUUUUUCAUAUAAAUAAUCGAUGCGUAUACGUGUUUAUAUCGUUCGCGCAUUCUGUACACGAUAAGUGCAGUACGAGACUUGAGAUUGGAAUAAAAUGAAUUGGAAACACCCCCGAUUCAUUGUCAGAUGUUACACGAUCUAUUUAAUUUUAUUAUCAGGCUUGACGGAACAUGGGUACGCGCAAAGCAACAGGUGUGGCAUAGGAAAGUUUCGGUGCAAGAAUUCCGAGUGUAUCUCGAGCGAAUUAUUGUGCGAUGGCCAAGAAGACUGUGCGGACCAGUCCGACGAGACGGCCGAAGAAUGCAACAAGCCCGAGAUUACUUGCGGGGAUUACUUGUUUCGAUGUUCAUACGGUGCAUGCGUGUCCGGGAAUGCACCUUGCAACGGGAUAAAAGACUGUGCCGAUAACAGCGACGAAACUUUACCCAGAUGUAGGCGCAACUCUGACAGUACGAUUCGGACUUGUAAGGCAGACGAAUUCAACUGUACUAAUGGGCAAUGUAUUAAUCGCGACGGACUCUGCGACGGUAAAGCUGAUUGCGCAGAUGCUUCGGACGAGACGUAUUUUCAGUGUGGAGACAUACCCUGUACAGGAUACGCUUUUCGUUGCGACUACGGAGCGUGUAUAAACGGUAACUUCAAAUGCAAUGGAAUCAAUGAUUGCGUGAAUGGUUCGGACGAGGAUCCGAAAUUAUGCAAGACGGAACGCCCGGAGAGACCGACGUACCCAAGACCCACGCCGUCUCCUCCGACGAGAUCGACACCGCCGACUAGACCGUCCGUACCUCCCAGUGUGAAACCUUUGAUCGGUUGCAUCGUACCGAAGCAGCCGAAAAACGGUCACUGGAAGUUAGAGAGGUCACAGUGUCCGCAAACGGACGACGACUGUGACAUCGCGCAAGGUGUACAAUUGGAACCAGGUGCAAAUCUAGUUUACGGCUGUAAUACUGGGUUCAAGCUCAACGGACACGGUUCUGUGUUCUGCGCUCGGGACGGGAAAUGGUCUGAUAUUCCCGAAUGCAUAGAAAUACGAUGCAGAAGUUUAUAUUCGCCUUCGGUGAUCGCUGACUGUACCAAUAUCAACGGCUUUCCGGGAUCGUGUGACAGUGCUACUCCUGGAACGACGGCAAAUUUAAAUUGUCGCGGUGGUUAUCGCCCAGAAACUACGUUACUUAAAAAUGUCCAAUACAGAUGUAACGUAACUGGUCACUGGCAACCGGAACCGAUACGUUGCAUUCCAGCUUGCGGUGUGCCGGCAUCUCCGACCUUAAUACCGACUAUCGUGAACGGAACUGCGGCUAAUAUCAGCGAGUUCCCGUGGCACGCAACCAUUUAUACGAGCGAAACGUCUGACGGAGAGAAGAGAUUCAUUUGCGGUGCGACUAUUAUUCACGAGAAGCUCUUGGUGACGGCAGCGCACUGCGUUUUCAACGAGAGGAGGAGACAAUUCGACGAGCCAUCGAACUAUUAUAUCGCCACGGGCAACGUCUUCAGGGAUUACGAUUUUCCAGGGCACAAUGCCCAUGUUAAAAAACGUAGGGUGAAGAGCAUAUACAACAUUUGCGGUUACAUUGGAUACGAAGGAAAUUAUGCUUUGGACAUUGCUCUAUUGGAACUUGACAAACCGCUUCAAUUUACGGAGUUAUUACGACCUGUGUGUUUAGAUUCUAGCGACACUGAUCUCGAAUCGGGGAGUUUGGGAAAAGUUCCUGGAUUCGGGAGGACACAUCUCGGGCCAAGUAGUUUCUUGUUACAAGCGAUUACAGUGCCAUACAUAGGAUACAACGAGUGCAGGUCGUUCAUCAGAAUCAAUAACGAGAGUUAUAAACUUCUGACUCAAGACAAGCUAUGUGCCGGUUAUACGAACGGGUCUGCAGUUUGUGACGGUGACAGUGGCGGAGGACUAGUCUUUAAGAAGGGCGAACUGUGGUACUUGAAAGGAAUCGUUAGCGUCAGUGUUGGUACGUUGCAACUGGGAGCCGAGAGAGUGUGCAACAGCUAUUCGUACUCUUUGUACACUCGAGUCUCUAUGCACAUACAAUGGAUUCAGAACGUGAUCCUUAGGCUAGAGAACCAACAAUUACCCCCCUGUCUAAACUCAUACUGACACGUUGCAUUCGAUGCGUUUCACGCGACCAGAUCCGUGAUAAUUCAUGAGCUCGACUAGGAAGACAAAUUCUUUAUUAUACGAUCUAACAGUUUUCUAAAAUACUGCUAAGCAUGAAACGUACCGAUGAAACUCGAAAGACUAUACCAAGUUUUUACACGUAUAUGUUCACUUCAUCGUUAUUAUAUUCAUUUCCAUUGCCUAUCAUCAAACUAUUUGUCACAUUGCUCAACUAAUCAAACGACAAUGGUAUUAGUUACGUUUAAUGAGAAGUGGGUGAUACUGUAUUUAUAUGUUGAAAACUUAUAAACGACAAGUCUUUGAUACACGCAAAUCUUAAAUAAGAUACUUUUUAAAUAUAUUUAUAAAAUUCUGUAUGUUCAAAUUGUUUAAAAAUACUUUGAUUCGAGCAUGAUUCUAUUACAAAACACGAUUUCCAACGUAUCACACGCAAACAGUCCGUAAUAUUAUUAUUAUUUUAAAAUGUACGCGAUAAAAAUAUACCGUAGGAGUAUCACAGAAAGACGAA